UAUUUAUGAGUGGGAACGCUUAAACGGUGGUUGAUGAUUUAGACGGAAAAUUUAAGUGUAACACACAAUUCUGUCAACAUGGCUGCCUCCUCCAGGAGUCUUUUAAGAGUAUUACCCAGGUGUCAGAGUUUGUUCUUCACAUGCAGAGCUCCUUCUGUCUCCUGCAGCUCACUGACUGCAAACAGACAGCAGCAUGUAAGAUCCUACGCUGCUACCAAACAGAAAGAGAAGAAAGAGAAGAAAGAGGAGAAGGUUCAAGAAAAGGUGGUGAAAGAGAAAAAAAAGGUUGAUGACAAAGACAGGCAUAAACCAUAUGGACUCACAUACUGGGCUCCAGUAGAUGAUGUGUACAUGGUGAGGUACUAUCCAAAACCUGUCUAUGAGACACCCGUGGCCAUUGAAAUGCUGAAGAACUUUCAGAAACUGGACUUCAGUCCUGAAAACCAGCCUGUGUACAUUAAUCUACGUCUGGACAUGAAGCUGGAGAAAAAGAAAAAAGUGGAUCCAUUUGUUAGCACAAUUCACUUACCACAUCCCUUCAAGUCGGACAACAACAGAAUAGUGGUUUUCACUGAGAAUCCAGAUCAAGCCAGAAUAGCGAUGGAUAAUGGAGCAACAGUUGCAGGUGGAGCAGAACUGAUUGACAAGAUUUUAGUUGAUGAGAUCACAGCAGAUUUCUACUUGGCUGAGCCAGACAUUCUACAAAAGCUGCUUCCUUUGAAGAACAAGCUGAGGAAGAAGUUUCCCAAGAGCAAGAGAGGAUCUGUUGGAAUAAAUAUACCCAGAAUGCUUGCGUUGUUCAAGACUGGUCAUGAAUAUAUGGUGGAGGACAUCCAUGUUAACACACAAGUUGCAACACUGGAUAUGCCUAAGGAGUGUAUUUUGGAAAACAUUCAUGCCAUUGUAAAAGAUGUGGCAAGCCAUAAACCAGCAGAAUUUGGUCCAUUUAUUGACCGAGCAAUUAUCUGCAGUAGGUCGAGUGAAGGUUUGCACAUCAAAAUCGAUGAAUGGUUGCCACAAGAAGAGAAAAAGGCAUGAGCUUUAUAUGUAUAUAUUUGCAUUGUACAAAACAUUAGACUGCAAUAAAAUGGUAAAUGUGAUAA